AUGGUUAUCAGGGAAUCAAAGCUGGGAACUAAAGAAGCAGAAAGCGAAGGUGAUGAGAUAAUUGCAUUUGAUGAAUUACGUAAAGAUCUUAGGAGCCCCAUUGAUCAAUGCAACCCUCUCCAUGCACGAGAGAGGCUGAGGAACAUUGAACGGAUCUGCUACUUGCUGCGGAGGUUGGUGCUUCCAGAAUAUUCCAUCCAUGGAUUGUUCUGUAUCAUGUUCCUGUGUGCACAAGAAUGGCUGACACUUGGUCUCAAUAUCCCUCUGCUCUUCUAUAACCUUUGGAGAUAUUUUCACAACCCCACAGACAGUAAUGAGUUAAUGUACGAUCCUGUGACAGUGAUGAAUGAUGAGACACUGAACUACUGCCAGAAGGAAGCUUGGUGCAAGAUGUCCUUCUACCUGAUGUCAUUUUUCUACUACCUAUAUUGUAUGAUCGAUACAUUGGUCAGCAUCUAAUCAGAGGACUCAGAGGCAGAGUGCACAUCAAAUCCAGCAAAAAGCAAAUGCAGAGAGAGACUGCUGCAUCCGAGUUAUUGAAUUCUAACCUUGAGCCAUCCUUUACUACAUUCCCCUUGAAACAAUGAAGCAGCAGGGAAGAGUCAGUCCUUUACGGUCUCAACAGCUAUGGAGGAUGAAGGGAAAGUAUGGAAGGGAGUUGAUUCCUGCCUCACUCAACAUGUCUGCCUUGUUCAUGGAUGUACAGUCUUAAAGUUUACAACUCUGAAACCAGCUGUGAUGUCUGUAUAAUUGUUUUAUUUAUCUAGUUGUGUACAGAGGUGUCUCCAUCAGUCCCCUUCUAAGUAAAGGAGAUCUCUCCAGCUGGACCAUUUACAGUGAAGGAGAUCUCCCCAUCAAGAUCCCUUUAUAUAGGAUCCUCCUCCUUCAGAAGCCCCUAAAGUAAGCAAUAUCCCUCCAUCAGGUUCUCUUAGAAUAAAGGAGAUUUCUCCGUGAACCUUACAGUGAUGCUGAUGUAUCCACAGCAACCUAUUACUGUCAGGGAGAUCUUUGUUCAGGAUCAGUUGAAUGAGGUAUCUUCAUUGGACCCUUUACAGUGAGGGAAAUCUCUCCUUAUGGCAGGGUGGGGGUGGGGUAAUCUUUCUAUCAUAACCCCCUCCAGGCAUUGGGGAUUUCUCAUGUAAGGGAUAAUUUCUCAGUGAGAAUUAUCCCUUACAUGAUGGAGUUCACAGCUCCAAUCAAUUGGAAAAUGUUUGAUGUAUAUUUCUGUUUGAAAGAAUUUGAUUGACGACAUCAUUGUAAUCCAAACAGAAUAGGUUGUUAUAAGGUGCAUAGAGAUGAAAUGGAGCCCAACUAUCAGAAGGGUCCAUCAGAAUGACUUCUGCUUUAAGUUUGGCCAUUCAACUGGAUUGAAAUGGGAAGAUAUCCAUUGGUGACACUUAAUACUUGCAGGAAGUGGGUAUGCUCCCUUUAACUAGUGAUAUCAGGUUUCUGCACUGAGCUUAAAUGAGAUAUUUACUCCCAACCACAAUACAGAACUAUCACAGUAGUGUUGUCCACAGUAAUAUCGGCCCAGUGAUGACUAGUGGGAUUCAAGGCUAUAAGAGGUUGAAAACUGCAGAAACAUCUCAUGCUAGCCUCCACCCCCAUCAGGAGAAACCCAUUAUGUGGCUCCAAGCAAGUUGAUUUGAAGCUGAGAACAAGAAUUUAUAGUGGAAGCCUCCAUUGAAGUGGAUCCUCCAGUCCUUUCCCAUUCUCAAAACACUCAGAUCUAUCAAAACAGUACAUGCAAAGCUUCCAGUGCCUCCUUUCUGAAGUUGGUGAAAGAACAAUGAAAUUUAUGCUCAACACUUUACAGCCCACUGAAAACCAGACCUUUUUUUGAUACUGUUUUCAAUACUAGUGGUUCAUUCAGGUUCACACCAAUAAGACAAUCUUAAUAACAUUGUGAUGCUCUUUGGGAGUGUCGCUGAUGUACAUCAUCUUGAUACCUUUAAGGGGCAGAUUCACCUGUGAUGGUUCUGUCUUAAGGAGUCCACUCACAAAUUAUGUAUUCAUUCUUGUACGGGAGCCUUGUAAUAUAUCCUGACAAUAAAGUUUGCAGACAGAUAAACCUAUAUGUGACUACAGGGAGUGGUGGUAUAAUGGUAAUGUCACU